AUGAAUAUUAAUUCAGAAAUGGACGAAAAUCAGAAUUCAACUUAUUCCAAUAAUUUUAAUUAUUCUUCAUACAUUUUACAAGAAACACAGGGUAAUAUACCGGAACGGUUAGUUAAUUUCAUUCAAUCAUGGCCAAAAUUGUAUAAAUUUUAUCAAAAACAAAAUUCAAAUUUAUGUGUUGUUCAUUUAACAGAUUUAUUAUAUAAUACAAAAUUUUAUCAUUAUGAUUUAGAAAAUAACGAUGAAUCGAUGAAAUUAGCUGUUUAUUUAGAAAUUGAAAGACAAAUUGAAGAUUUAUAA